GUCCUUAACAAAUCAAAACACUUGAAAUUCAUAAUCAUGACAUUUUUAAUGAACAGAAACUAGCCUAUACAGUAGUGAAGAAGAGAGCUAGCUUGUCUCAUGGAUCAUGCACAAAUUCCUUCUAACAUGAUCUCUUCUGGGUCUUUGUUAGAAUCUCUGAUUCAUAUCUCCAAUGAAGUUUCUUCCAUGGAUAAGCUUCCUUGUUUACAGAUGAGGAACAUUUCAAUCAUGGUACGAAGGAUCAAGCUUGUUUCUUCUUUGUUUGAAGAUUUACAGGAAGCAAAUUGUCCUCUUCCUCCAUCUUCUAUCUUGUGCCUUUCCGAGCUUUUCUACGUGAUCAGAAGAGUGAAGAUUCUGAUUCAAGAUUUCAAAGAUGGCAGCUCGCUUUGGGGUUUGAUUCAGACAGAAUUUGUAUCAAAUCAGUUUUAUGUUCUUGUGAAGGAGAUGGGGAGAGCUCUUGAUAUUCUUCCUCUAAGCUUGCUUAAUUUAUCUGCAGAUACUAGAGAACAAGUUGAGCUUCUUCACAAGCAAGCAAAGAGGGUAGAUUUGUUAAUUGACCCUAAAGAACUUCAAAUAAGAGAAGAGCUUCUGCAGAUAAUGGCCUGCAAUAAUGAUAAGAAGAAUAGAAAGAACAAGGGCUCCAUUGAUUUUGUCAAAGUGAAAGAAGUUUUGAGCAGCAUUGGAUUAAGAAGUUCAUUAGAUUAUGAUGAAGAAAUCCUGAAGCUUAAGUUUGAAGCAGAGAAGCAGGCAGGCACAGGAGGACUAAUUGUGGUUUCCAAUUUAAACAAUCUCGUAUCUCUUCUUACAUUUACAAAGUCCAUGAUUUUCAGUGAUGAAGAUGAAGAGUUGGAGCAUCAAUCUGCAUCUGUGAACAGAAAUCAGGAUGUUUCUUCAUCUUCUCAAUCAAUUCUUCCAAACAUUCCCGAUGAAUUCCGUUGCCCAAUUUCUCUUGACUUGAUGAAAGAUCCUGUGAUUGUAGCAUCUGGGCACACUUAUGAUCGAAAUUCAAUUGCUCAGUGGAUCAAUGCAGGGCAUCACACUUGUCCCAAAAGUGGCCAAAGGCUAAUUCACAUGGCUUUGAUUCCAAAUUAUGCUCUCAAGAGUUUAGUGCACCAAUGGUGCCAAGAUAACAAUAUCCCAAUGGCAGAUUUCUCUCCUUCAUCUUCCUCUGAAUUGGAGAGAAGCAACAGCAAGAAUAAAUUACAAGAGGAGAAAGCUAUAGAUCACAUUUCUGCCAUUAAAGCUGCGACAGAUGCUGUCAAAAUGACAGCUGAAUUCUUGGUGGGGAAACUAGCCAUGGGGUCCCUGGAAAUUCAGAGACAGGCAGCUUAUGAACUCAGGUUGCUAGCCAAAACUGGCAUGGAUAAUCGCAGGAUAAUUGCUGAAGCAGGUGCCAUACCAUUUCUGGUAACAUUACUAGGUUCCACAGAUGCAAGAAUUCAAGAAAAUGCUGUCACCGCCUUGCUGAAUCUUUCUAUUUAUGAAAAUAACAAGCGUCUCGUAAUGGCAGCAGGAGCAACAGACAGCAUAAUAAAUGUCCUGGAAUCAGGGAAAACAAUGGAGUCAAGAGAAAAUGCAGCAGCAGCAAUCUUCAGCCUGUCAAUGAUAAAUGACAGCAAGGUGACAAUCGGCGGCCGCCCCCGGGCAAUUCCGGCCUUGGUUAGGCUGUUAAGAGAAGGAACAACAGCCGGAAAAAGGGAUGCUGCAAGUGCACUAUUUAAUCUUGCAGUCCAUAAUGCAAAUAAAGCAAAUGUUGUAGUUUCAGGAGCAGUUCCUCUGCUGAUUGAACUAUUGGUGGAUGACAAAGCAGGCAUAACAGAUGAUGCCUUAGCUGUUUUGUCUCUACUUUUGAGUUGCUCUGAAGGGCUGGAGGAGAUAAGGAACAGCAGAGUUCUGGUGCCUCUUCUGAUUGAUCUGUUGAGAUUUGGAUCAGCAAAAGGGAAGGAGAAUUCUAUAACUCUUCUGUUGGGUCUCUGCAAAAAUGGAGGAGAAGAGGUUGCAAGACGUUUGUUAAUGAAUCCAAGGAGUGUUCCUUCUCUUCAGAGCUUGUCUGUUGAUGGGUCAUUGAAAGCUAGAAGAAAAGCUGAUGCACUUCUUAGAUUACUCAAUAGAUGCUGCUCUCAAGCUCAAAAUCCUGUUGGAUAAGAGGAGAUCAGCAGGAAAAUUCUGAAGGGAGAAGUGUACAUUAAUCAUAUUUAUGCAUAUAAAUGAUAUUGAUGUUCAUUGUUUAUUUUGAUUUCAUGGUAUUUUUUUGCAAUUGUUAUAUGGGCAACCAUGUGUUGGGAGAAAUAAAAUGUUUGCCAGAGUUUUUGUUGCUUAAUAUCUUUCACCUCAAAUCCCUGUAAAGAAUCAGACUGAAACUGAAUCAAGAGCAGCUAUUGCAGAAAGAAAAAGGAAAAAUC